UGAUAAACUUAUUAAAUAGAUUAAAGUUGUUGAAGCUAUUUUCAAAUAAUUUAUCAGAAUGCAGCAGCGUCUCCAAGUGUUCUAUUUCAUGGUUGCAGCUUUAUCGGCCCUCGCUUUCGCCGGCACGGUAGUGCUUCAUUUCGUUCCCAACUGGGUGACGUACCCUAACGAAAAUGGAACGCCUAGGUAUGGCCUCUGGAAAGCAUGCACGGAUUUCCACAACACAGGUGCUGGUGAAGAAGAAAGCAGCCAAUGCCGGAGAUAUUGGGAUGAGCGCUGGGAGGAGGAAGCAGAACUUGUGCAUGCACCAACAAAAGCAGCCGCUUCCUUCUUCAUCUUCGGAAUGUUCUUCAAUAUCAUCUUGUUCGUGUUCGUACUGGGGAUUGCUCUCUGUAUUGCAAAGGUCGACUACUAUCCUGGAGUGCCUGUCACUCUGGCGGCAAUCACUUUUGUCAUGUAUGCUGUGGGAUGCUCAGUUAUGGAGUGGGUUGUGAAAUGGAGACUGACACACCACGCUAGAAAUCACCAAGGACUGCCCCGGAACGCACCCAGAGAUGUCGGUCCAGCAGCGUACGGUGCCUGGACCAGUCUGGCCUGCAUGGGAAUGAACUUCAUUUUGGGCAUUCUCAUACUGGUGUUCAAACCGACCAAGGAUGAGAUACGAAAGAAUAUCGAAAUGCAGUUUGAAGUUAAUGUUUAAGAGGCAGCAAACGACAAUGUUUCAGUUAUCUAUUGAUCAUAUCAAUUCAAAGAUGUUGGCUCAAACCAUAUCAAUAUGCCACAAGCGUUUUUCUAUCCUGCAACAAGCGUUUUUCUAUCACGCCACAAACAUUUUCUAUCAUGUUAAAUAAUUUCUAUCAUGUUAAAUAGUUUCUUAUUGAGACUCAAGCUAAUUUCAUGAAUUAAUUCAGCUUUCUAUGUAUAAAAAUUUGGCUCAUCGUAUUCGGAAAUCAUUGCAUGUGUAUAUAAGAAUAGAUUAAGUUGCUGCUCACAAUACAUUUCACAAUUUUGUACAUUCCUCAAUUGAAUUGUUUUCCUCUUA